AUGACCCUCGUCCGGUUAUCAACGACCAUAUGGCUGCUGACGCUCCUGCCGGCGGCCCUGCCCCACCAAACAGAUGCCGCCCACCCGGCGGACCAGAAGUUCUCGCUACCCGCCGUACCGUUGCCGCCACCGCCGCCCUUCUCCCCCGGAAAGAAUCACUUUGCGUUGAACGCAUUCGCCGGCGAGCAUGCCUCCGGUGGUCACGCCCCCUCCAGUACUCCGGGUUGUGGGGGAACGCUCAAGGCCCGCCAUGGCAUCAUCCAAACACCAAAUUUCCCUCAUCGAUUCACCACGCCCAUCGAAUGCGUCUGGAUAAUCGAUGCCUCCGAAAUGCCACCGCAGGGCCAGGGCAAUGUGUCCAUCGUGGUGUACCUGACCCAACUGUACGUGCUCAGCGGUAUCAAGUUCACGGAGUAUAUGUAUUACUCCGAUGACUUCAAGGUGCCCGCCCAUCGGGUAUUCAUGCUCACCGAGGACGAUGUCACCCAGGUUACGUGGGUGCAGUUCCAUAGUCAGUACCUGGAGAUAAGGUUCACCAUGGCCACGCUAGACGGGACACAUCUGCGGGCCUUUGGAUCGUCUGCUGGACGUCUAUGGGUUCAACAUUACCUACGAGGUGCAAAAUGAGGUGAAGACAUCGCAGUGCAAUACGCUGCAGUGCCGCUUUCUUGGAGAUUGCUAUGCGAGUUCAGACUUUAGCUCCUAUGGAUGCUCCUGUUUUCCCGGCUUCAGCGGCAGUGACUGUGGUCAUGGCCCACUGUGCAAGGACCUGCAUACCAACGUCUGCCAAAACGGUGGCACUUGCAAGCACAUUGGCGACGCCGCCAUAACUUGCCAUUGUCCGAAGGGCUUCAAGGGGACCAGAUGCGAAAUACCCGAAAUAAACGAGAUGACGCAGGGUUGCACCAGCAACACCAGCUCCAUUGAAUGCCAUCAGGCCUGCGACUUUGACAAUUUCGGUCGUUCUGGUUCCCCUUCUGGCCAGAGUUAUUCCGCCUUUAAAAGCAACAGGAAUUUGGCAAGAAGUGGGAAAACUCGAUAUGAGGUAACCAUGAGACUGGGUGCCAAUCUUACGGGUUACUAUCGCCAUGCUGAACGGGAACAGUUGUCGGUAGUUAUGG